AUGCAACGCCAUGUCUCUUUCAUCUUCUCGUUGUUCGACCAUGCUCUUUGUAUCGCCAUACUCUUCGUUUCUACGACAUCACAAGCUCGUCCUUCUCGAACCGUUGCGGCCGCAAACCCGCCAUCACCACAACAGUCCACUAUCCCACCACGGAGAAAGCCCGUCUUUCCUCCUCUGCCGCCCGCGAGACCAACUUCUUCCGGAUCCUCCUUCCUCAAGAAGCUAAGUUUCAGCGGCAAGUCUCCUUCCCGGAACGGAAGCGUCUCGUCCAACAGCUCCCAAGCAUCCACCCGAUCCCGUCCUUCCACUCCAUCCCGCAUCCGCCGCGCAUCGAACGACAUCGCCAAGAACUUGACUCUGCUCACUCUCCCAGCUAGCUCCCGCACGACCUACCUCUCGGAGCAAUCCGCUGCUCGCGAAGAAGAUCUCGAGAAGGACCGUACUGCCAAUCCCAACCUUCGACCACGAUUUCAGCGUGACUUCCUCGAGUGGCGAGCACGGAAAGAGGGCAUCUGGGACGACGACAAGGGUGUGCAGGAUCUCGUCGGCAUGUCGAUGACUGCCGAGGAGCGCAGACUUGCCGUCCAGGCUGCUUUGCAGGGGCGAGGAAGCGGUGGUGAUGUCCGAUGGAGUGCCGAGGAAGAGAUCGACAGGCUGAAGAAGUCGGGUCAUCUUCCUGGCCAGAAGGAGACUUCGUCGAGCGGCGGAGGUCACACGGCUAGUGAAGAGAUUGCCAUGUUCCUCGCACGCGGCUUGGAUCCCUUGCGCAAGAAGGAUGGCAACAAGAAAGACUCGAAAUCGAUAUCACCAUACCGCUUUCAUUCCGACCUUCCAUUUGAAGAAUGGGAUCAAGAGGAUGGCGAAGACGACCUUCCAUCCAACUAUGGCGAUCGCAAAGACAGUCAUCCAUUCUCCAUCUCCUCUUUCUCAGCUUCGUCAUCGUCAGAAUCCGAACUUGAGCUGCAGCCACCACAAGUGAAUAUAUUGGGAGAUCCAGUAGUCGUCGCCAAAGCAUACGUCAAGCUCUCCAAGACAAGAAAGAUUGGUCGACUGAGGGACACGGUCUAUUCGGAUCCCGGCAACCCGUUCGACGGAGAGAGUGACAUUGACGAGGCAGAUAUUGGAAUGGCCGGUGUCGGAAGAGAGAUCACUCCAGCGGAGCAGAAAAAUAAUUCAGCCAAAGACGAGACGCCACCUCCGCCGCUUGACUUUUGGAGGGAGAUUUGGCCAAGCCAAUCAAGGUUGUCGAAGAGAAGGGGAGUACUCCAAAUAAACACCAAGGAGAGGAGGAGUCACGAAGACGGGAAGAAGGUCCGCCAGUUCAAGAGGAAAAGUGCUGCGUCGUCCUCCUCGGACGACUAUGACGACGCUGGUCCUCCAUCCGGGUUCUGGAGAGGUCAAAGCAGCGUGAAGGUCAGGGAGAGGCCUGAGAUGCAAACCCGACAGGAAGUCGAGGAAUCGAGAGGCCGAAAGCGCGGUCCCAGAGAUGGAGGCGAGACCGUCAUCCACGCUCCCACUCCCAAGCGAUCGGGCACGCCGGCCUUGAUUCGAGAGCACUCCCUUCCGUUGUUUCCUGAGGACAAGAAAGAGAUGGGAGACAGGAACGCGAAAGAGGACGACGAGAACAGAGAUAACAGAGAUACCCGUUUCUACAAGUUCUACUCCGGCGUGCUGGGAGAAUACACUGUACAGACUCCAAGGUAA